CUUCCCUCCAGCCCCAACUCCUGCACCUUGCCCCGCCCCCCCUUCCUCCCACGUCCCUUCUGCCGGGGCUGUCUUGCGUUUGCCCGGCGUCCCGCGCUUCUAGCUGGUCCUGCCCACCCACCCUGUCCAGUGCGCCCCUCUCUCCUCGCCGCGUAUCCUCACGCUCCACCCCUCCCGGUUCUCCAGCCGCAAGCUUCCCCGGUUGCCUUCUUGCGCGGCCGCUUCCUUCUCUCCCUGCCAGGAGUUGAAGAGCUGCGGCACCCCGGGGCGGAUAGUGUCCCUGUCCGCCGCUGGCGCUGCCCACCCCUCUCUCUUUCCCCCUCUACCCGGGAAGCGAGGGGCUGAGCGGUUGGGCCGAAAUUUGGCUGCGUGUUGGCUGAGUGCGACAAACAGCGAGAGCGGGCAGUAGAGGCGCCGCGGCGGCCGUGGCCGCGCGGGGCGCAGCAGUAAGCAGGUGUGUGUGUCCGGGGGGGGGACGCGCACCGCGGGCUCUUCGGCUGGCGACAGAUUGUGCAGGAAUGCGAGGAAUGCACCGGGAGCAUAGUCCACGCGGCCCGCCGCGGCAGAACUAGAGCCUUCCCCAGCCCAGCUCUCACUGAGCAGUCAGAGGUCACCGGAGCAUCUUCGGAGCUGGAGGAAUGCCAGCUCCUGAACAGGCCUCAUUGGUGGAGGAGGGGCAACCACAGAGCCGCCAGGAAGCUGCCUCCACUGGCCCCGGCAUGGAGCCCGAGACCACAGCCACCACUAUUCUAGCUUCUGUGAAGGAGCAGGAGCUUCAGUUUCAGCGACUCACCCGAGAACUGGAGGUGGAAAGGCAGAUUGUUGCCAGUCAGCUAGAAAGAUGUAGGCUUGGAGCAGAAUCACCAAGCAUCGCCAGCACCAGCUCAACUGAGAAGUCAUUUCCUUGGAGAUCAACAGAUGUGCCAAAUACUGGUGUAAACAAACCUAGAGUUUCUGACACUGUCCAUCCCAACAACUAUUUCGUCAGGACAGAGCCAGAACCAGGGACCCUCUACUCACCAGAACAGACGUCUCUCCAUGAAAGUGAGGGAUCUUUGGGUAACUCAAGAAGUUCAACACAAAUGAAUUCUUAUUCCGACAGUGGAUACCAGGAAGCAGGGAGUUUCCACAACAGCCAGAACUUGAGUAAAGCAGAUAACAGACCACAGCAUUCAUUCGUAGGAUCAACUAAUAACCACCUGGUGAGAAAUUCAAGAGCUGAAGGGCAAACACUGGUUCAGCCAUCAGUGGCCAAUCGGGCCAUGAGAAGAGUUAGUUCAGUUCCAUCUAGAGCACAGUCUCCUUCUUAUGUUAUCAGCACAGGCGUGUCUCCUUCAAGGGGGUCACUGAGAACUUCUCUGGGUAGUGGAUUUGGCUCUCCCUCUGUGACCGACUCCCGACCACUGAACCCCAGUGCAUACUCCUCCACCACAUUACCUGCUCAGCGGGCAGCUUCUCCAUACUCUGCACAGAGACCCGCCUCCCCAUCAGCUGUACGUCGGAUUGGGUCGGUCACCUCCCGGCAGACCUCCAAUCCCAACGGACCAACCCCUCAGUACCAAACCACCACCAGAGUGGGGUCCCCACUGACGCUGACGGAUGCACAGACUCGAGUAGCUUCCCCAUCCCAAGGCCAGGUGGGGUCAUCGUCCCCCAAACGCUCAGGGAUGACUGCCGUACCACAGCAUCUGGGACCUUCACUGCAAAGGACUGUUCACGACAUGGAACAAUUCGGACAGCAGCAGUAUGAAAUCUACGAGAGGAUGGUUCCACCUCGGCCAGACAGCCUGACAGGCUUACGGAGUUCUUAUGCUAGUCAGCACAGCCAGCUUGGACAAGACCUUCGUUCAGCUGUGUCUCCCGACUUGCACAUCACUCCUAUAUAUGAGGGGAGGACCUAUUAUAGCCCAGUGUACCGCAGCCCAAACCACGGAACCGUAGAGCUCCAGGGAUCACAGACAGCGCUGUACCGCACAGGCUCAGUAGGUGUUGGAAAUCUGCAAAGGACGUCCAGCCAACGAAGUACCCUUACAUACCAAAGAAAUAAUUAUGCUCUGAACACAACAGCUACCUAUGCGGAGCCCUAUAGGCCAAUACAGUACCGAGUGCAAGAGUGCAAUUAUAACAGGCUUCAGCACGUAGCACCGGCUGAUGAUGGCACAACGAGAUCCCCGUCAAUAGACAGCAUUCAGAAAGACCCCAGGGAGUUUGCCUGGCGUGAUCCUGAGUUGCCUGAAGUCAUUCACAUGCUGCAGCACCAGUUCCCGUCAGUUCAGGCAAACGCAGCGGCCUACCUGCAGCACCUGUGCUUUGGUGACAACAAAGUGAAGAUGGAGGUGUGUAGGUUAGGGGGAAUCAAGCAUCUGGUUGACCUUUUGGACCACAGAGUUUUGGAAGUUCAGAAGAAUGCUUGUGGUGCCCUCCGAAACCUUGUUUUCGGCAAGUCUACAGAUGAAAAUAAAAUAGCCAUGAAGAAUGUUGGCGGGAUUCCUGCCUUGUUGCGACUGUUGAGAAAAUCGAUUGAUGCAGAAGUAAGGGAGCUGGUCACAGGAGUUCUGUGGAAUUUAUCCUCAUGUGAUGCUGUAAAGAUGACAAUCAUCCGAGAUGCUCUCUCGACCCUGACAAACACUGUGAUCGUUCCACAUUCUGGAUGGAAUAACUCUUCUUUUGAUGAUGAUCAUAAAAUUAAAUUUCAGACUUCACUCGUUCUGCGUAAUACAACAGGUUGCCUGAGAUCAUCUCUGAAAGUGGUGAAGGCAGCAGCCCAGGUCUUGAAUACAUUAUGGCAAUAUCGGGACCUCCGGAGCAUUUAUAAAAAGGAUGGGUGGAAUCAGAACCAUUUUAUUACACCUGUGUCAACGUUAGAGCGAGACCGGUUCAAAUCGCAUCCUUCCUUGUCUACCACCAACCAACAGAUGUCACCCGUCAUUCAGUCAGUCGGCAGCACCUCGUCCUCACCAGCACUGUUAGGAGUCAGAGACCCUCGCUCUGAAUACGAUAGGACCCAGCCACCUAUGCAGUAUUACAGUAGCCAAGGGGAUGCCACACACAGAGGCCUGUACCCUGGCUCCAGCAAACCUUCACCAAUUUACAUCAGUUCCUAUUCCUCACCAGCAAGAGAACAAAAUAGACGGCUACAGCAUCAACAGCUGUAUUAUAGUCAAGAUGACUCCAACAGAAAGAACUUUGAUGCAUACAGAUUGUAUUUGCAGUCUCCUCAUAGCUAUGAAGAUCCUUAUUUUGAUGACCGAGUUCACUUUCCAGCUUCUACUGAUUAUUCGACACAGUAUGGACUGAAAUCGACCACGAAUUACGUGGACUUUUAUUCCACUAAACGACCUUCUUACAGAGCAGAACAGUACCCAGGGUCCCCAGACUCAUGGGUGUAGCAUCCUGAUGCUCGGGAGAGGAACUCUUUCUUUCUAACUUUGUUUGGAUUGAGAUGAGAAGUCCGUCUUGCUGAUUUGCUGAUGAAAUGUGAAAGUGACAUGGAAGGAAUGAGUGAAGAGCAUAUUCUUUUUUUCUUUUUUGAGGAAUUUUCAGGGAAGUGAGGCAACCUUCGGGAGAAAGGACUUUCUAAGCUAUACUUAGGUGUUAGAUCUAAUUACUUGUAGAUUCUAUAGUCUGGUGAAGGUGUGGGCGAUGUGAUGAGAGGUUUAAGAAAUGGGUGAAAUGAGAUGGGGGAUGUGUAGGUCAAAUCAAAUUAAAAAUGAUUUUUUUAAUGUGAAUAAGUUAUGUUCUGAUAGUUUGUACAGAAAAAAAAAAUAAAUAAAAUGGAUGCCCUUCGUGUUUUAUUGCUAUUACUAACUGUCAAGAUUGUAUGCUAUUAUGUCUUGUAAAUUUCUUUUGUUGAUGUAAAUAUGGAAAUGCCACAUUGGCUAAGUGCCAUCACUUGUAAAGCAGUGUGUCAUCUGAAAAGAGAUUUGAAGAAACUGACAGCUUAAAAAACAAAUGGGAAACCCAAGGAAUUGUUAGCAGUUAAAAACAAACUACAACAUCCUUUGUUUUCAAAAUGAAUAGUGUACCUUUGAAGCACCAAGUCCAGUCUGGUAUAGCAGCACCAUGCCCAUUCCCUGCCUCUUUCAUAGGACCCUUCACUGCCAUUUUCUAUGCACAUGAAAGAAAAUAAAUGUGGAAAUUUCAUCCUUGGAAA